AUGACCAACGCGGUCCCUUCCUCCCACACUGAUGGGCAGUCCGCGGCUGGUUCUGGUAUACAAAGCCGUAACGGCACCGUCCUGCUAGACUCUGGCACCGUCGAACUUCCCAGGGUUCACGACCACUGGUCCAUUGGCGAUGUCACAAUUGUUGCUGCCGACAAGGUUAUAAUCAGGCUUGACAAGCUUCGGUUGCUGAGCAUGAGGUACGACUGCCCCAUCGUCAUCCGUCUCCUUCGCUCGGAGCUCACAGAAAAUCUCCUGCACGGCAACAUCGUCAAUCUCCGCGCUUUCACUCGAGCCGCCAUGCUUCACGACACCACUCUUGCGUGGCACGCCCUCAUCAACAAGAACAUGCAUGGAACCUGGCGCGCUGACGGUGAAGUUCGCGGGCACAACGUCCUUGAUGUCUCGGUAAUGCCUACCGAGUGGCAGAGUGCCAUCCCGACGGAGUACCUCACUGCCCUCCGCAUUGCGUGGUUCAAUGCGCACCCAACUGGCACAGCUUGGGUCAACCUGGGUGAAAAAUUCAUCGACGCGAUGCGUGUUCUCUUCCGCCCCAACGAAGCCGCUGCUUCCAACUCUGAGUGGGCCUCGGGUUCAACUCACGGGAGCUCGCACUCAUUCGGCCGAAGCCACUCGAUCAUCACCAGCAACCGAGUUGACUGUGUCGAUGAGCCCAUGGUCGGAAAUGAGUCUGCUGCCCGUGCGCAGAUUGAGAAAGCCGACCGUCGGAUCUGUGAGAUCGAAGAGGUCAUGGAUGAGAAGGUCUUACGCCUGGGUGAGCUUACAAUCAACUCUGCCCUGGUUUCAUCUCGUCGUCCUGCCCGAUCUACUUCUCAAUCGCCCCGCGCUGUGCAGCUCUCUCAAUCUCAACUCUCUCAUCGUCCCGCACACCCUGCCAACCCUGCCACUGGUUCGCCUUCAGCCGGGACCUCUCGUCGUCCCUCACACCUGCCCGAGCGACCAUCGCAGCAGACUGCCAGUAUCUCAAGGCUGCCCGACCGCCCCGUCUUCGACACGCUGUCUGGUCAUCUCCAGGAGGACGCGGAGAAGCGUAAGGCCCGUCUGAGGCGCUGGAAGGAGGGGGGAUCUGUUGCUCCCCGCCACUCCUACCAGGCUCCUGCAAACGCCACGCGCUCCUUGGUACAUGUCCCUCAGAGUGCCCAUACCUCCCAGUCGUCAAGCUUCCUGCGCUCUCAGCACCAACGCCAGACACAAGCUCUGCAGCCGGGCUUUGCCCUCACCGCCGCCAACACCACUCAGUCCGAGCUAUUGCUUCCCGAACAGCCUGGCGUGGUCAUCCAACAUCCCAUGUACCACCAUUACCCCGGCUGGCCAGUUGCUCCGAACCACACUCUCCACGGAUACUACGGGUACCCCAUGAACAUGACGCCUCAAGCAAUCGCAGCCGCCAACCAUGUGGCCAACCAAUUCACCGGCUACGCUUUCCAGUCUCAGUCUCAGCCCCCCACCCAUUCGCACCCCCAGCCUCAGUCUCAGCUCCAGAGCCAGGGCGAUUACUACUCGUCCUUCACGACUGCCUACCCUCAGUACGAGGGUCGCGACUGGUACGCCCAGACCCCAACCUAUUAUGUCGAACCCGACGUCCACACCCUUCCUGCCGACUGGCGUCAUUGGAGCGCCGGACCCCUGAGCGAGCCCGCUGGUCAGCGCCGCAACGCCGGCGGACCUCGCUUUGACCGUUUCCGCCAGAAUGAGGUGCUGUUGGAGGAUGGGGGCGAAGGCCCGCCUGACGGGUCCGCACGCCAAGGUUUGGACACUGUCGUCCCUCUGCGAAUCCACACCGACUCCCUUACACUUCUCAUCUGUCCAUCUUCAGACCCGGCAGACAUCUGUUCAAAGUACUUCCUCACUCUCGCCUGCGACACGUCUGUCCUCGUCAACGAAGACCCGAGCUUCACCCCGAUGAGGAUGCCCACGCCCAGGGUGUCCUCAAUGACAGAAAUUGGAGGUACUCACACACCUCGCUGUCGUCGACUCAGCUGUGCUGGUCUGUGUGAGUGGCCACACAGCGAAAAUGAGUGCGCAGUCUCCGUUUUCCCCACGGGCAAUAUGCCUGAGGACUCACAGAUAAUUGAGCAUAGCAUCGACGACUUGCAAUCGCCCACUCCUUCGACAAGCUCGAGUUCAGCCAAUGCCGUCGAAACGCCCUGCCGCCGCGUCGCCCAGGGAGCACUCGAAAGCCGGAACAGGUACGGCGACCUCACGAACAUCCAGGAACCGCGCAACCCAGCCGCCACCGCUCAGGCAGCAGCCGUGUCCGCCCGCUUCAACAAGUCCUCGCCCCAUCUAUCCAUCGGAGAGACCCUCAUCUCUGGCGCCAGUGCAGUGUCGGUCGACGCCACUUCGCCCUCCUCGCGCAACACCGCACCCCCCAUCGAGGGCUCAGCGAACACAAGCGUUUCCGACAUCGACAGGGUCGCUAGCGUCGCCACGCUCACCAUGGACCGCAACCACCCCGUCGCCGACGUUGAACUCGCGAACGCGAAACGAUGCCGACGAGUCAUCUGCGACGGCUCUUGUGGUGCGCAGCACGUGCAGGGCAUCGGAUCGCCAGACUUCAUUGGGUCCGACCCACCGGCAGCGACCUUCCACCCAUUCGUCCUCUCGGCACGGAAGCACCAGAGGAACGCGUCCGUCAGCACGCUCGACCUCGACGGACCUGCGCCCUUCUCCCCAUCUCCCGGCUCCCCAGCUCUGGACACCUCAUCCGUUUCAACCUUGGACCUUUGCCUCACCCCUUCAACCCCUUCCACCCCUUCAGCCGAGCUGGACGGUUCUCCCCAACUACGUUUUCCCGCCCCAGCAGCCGCUGUACUCCAACCCGUUCCCCUCUCCCCCGGUUCAACCGCCACCUCCAUCGAACCGGACGGUCAAGUUCGCGGAUCAAGUCCCGCCCAGGCAAAGUCUCCCGCCCAGCGGGGUGAGCAAGCAGCCGCACAACCUCUCAAGCCAACGCAGGCCGACGAGCCACCCGAGCCGCUCGAUCAUGAUCAAACCGGACCAGCGGAGGAGCCCGAGUCGAUUCCAGACCCCAGCCCCGCCGACGUCGCCAGCCAGCCCGCCGAGACAGCCCAGCCAGCUGAGCCAGUCGAGGCCGCCUCGUCCGUCUCGUCCGUCGAACCAGCCGAACCCGCCGCGCCCGCACAACCAGCCUCCCCCAACUCCCAGGCGCAGCCCUCGCCACACCCCGCCCUCGACCGUGAAGCCCGACAACGCCUCCGAGAGAAGCUCGAGUCCCUGCUCCCACUGGGUUUCAAUCGAGAGGUCGGGUGCGAUUCGCCGCCGGAACGCGAACGCCAGCGCCGCUCCUCCCCCGCUUACAGCAGGGUCGUUGUCCUCUACGCCGUACUCGGCCUUGCGUUCAUCAUCCACCGUAGUCGUAACCAGGCCAGCCGGGCCAGCUCGCCUGAGUCCACUGCGUCUGCUCGCUCCGCUGGCUCCGCUCGCUCUGCAUCCCCGCUCUUGCUAGGCAACACUCCAGCGACCACCCCGGCAACGACGGUUCACACUCCCUCUCGCCCCCGUACCCCCACUUUCCGUCCUCACCCUCCACUCCCGCCUGGCGCGGCACUGCCUGAACCUCCACCUCCCCCCGCGACUGAUUUCUCAAGGCGUCUCCGCCUGCCCCAGCAGAAGGAGCAGAAGCACCGCAAGAACUUGUUCGGUUGGCUGCCUCGCCGUACCAAGGACAAGGACUAA